UCGCCAAUCUCGUGCCCCAGCAACCCUGUCACCUAGCUGUGUCCUUUCUCAGCGCAGUGCGGUACACCGGCGGACGCCCCAGAAAGCUGAGAGCUCGAAAAUAUAUUCCAAACUUCUUUAUUUUAUAAAUAAUUUAAAGUUAUAGGAUUCAUUUGGUACUAAAUUUUGAAGCAUCAAGAUGCCUGUGGACGUAAUGUCUUUUGCUAAGGAUUUCUUAGCUGGUGGUAUAGCAGCUGCUAUAUCUAAAACUGCUGUAGCUCCUAUAGAAAGAGUUAAAUUGUUACUACAAGUACAGCACGUAUCUAAGCAAAUAUCAGCUGAUCAACGAUAUAAAGGUAUUGUUGAUUGUUUGGUCCGCAUUCCCAAAGAACAGGGUUUCCUCAGCUUCUGGAGAGGUAAUUUAGCCAAUGUCAUUCGAUAUUUCCCAACUCAAGCUCUGAAUUUUGCCUUUAAAGACAAGUACAAGCAGGUUUUCUUGGGCGGUGUCGACAAGAGGACACAAUUCUGGCGAUAUUUCCUGGGCAACUUGGCUUCUGGUGGCGCUGCUGGGGCAACAUCUCUUUGCUUCGUAUAUCCUCUGGACUUUGCCCGUACCCGUCUUGCCGCUGAUGUUGGCAAAGGAGCACAGAAUCGUGAGUUCUCAGGUCUCGUCAACUGCUUGGGUAAAAUUUUCAAGUCUGAUGGACUCCUCGGUUUGUACAGAGGAUUCAGCGUGUCUGUACAAGGUAUUAUCAUUUACCGAGCAGCUUAUUUCGGUUUCUACGACACAACUAAAGGUAUGCUAUCAACUGAUCCAAAGAAUACUCCAUUGGUGGUUUCUUGGAUGAUUGCUCAAACAGUCACAGUUAUAUCCGGCAUUAUCUCUUAUCCCUUCGAUACUGUCAGAAGGCGUAUGAUGAUGCAGAGUGGACGAGCCAAGGCAGACAUGAUGUACAAAAACACCUUGGAUUGCUGGGCCAAAAUCGCCAAGUCAGAGGGAUCUGGAGCUUUCUUCAAGGGAGCUCUCUCCAAUGUUAUUCGAGGCACUGGUGGUGCCUUUGUAUUAGUUCUCUACGACGAAAUUAGAAAUUUCCUGGUUUAAAUUAAAUUAUUAAAAUUUAAAAAAGAAAAAAUCUAGACAUUUUAAGCAAUGCAAGACAUUUUGAAAUGAAUUUGUAGUGUCCAGUACUGUAACUAUCCAAAAAAAAAAAUUAAUUAUCAAAAAAAAUUGAACUUUAUUGAUACCAAUUUUCCAAAAAUAAAUUAUAAAAGGCAUUGUUGAUUAUUUUGGUGUUUUUUUACAUUCAAAAUGAUUUCAUUAAAAUAGGCAAUCAUAGUUUUUUUUCUUCAAGAGGCAAGACCAAGUGACGGCAUUAGUGCUUGAUAUUCUACUUUCGCACUGCGAGAUAAAGGGAAAGACAAUGGAAAAAAAAAAGAUGAAGUAUUACGUUUUGCUUAGUUUAAGAGUCCCCACCAUUUUUCGUACGAGAAAAGGAACUAUUGUUUCAUAGAUGUACAUUGUUUCAUAGGUGAAAAACUUGGCACUUUUGUUUCUGCUUUAAAUAAAAGUCAUGUGACUGGAAUUUAUAAGUUACGUGUUUCCAGAAACAUCGUGCUAAUAAAUAUCUUGUGAUA